AUCAGAAUUCUGCAUCUGUUGGUUUACCAUUCUUUAAGCUUAACACAAAUUAUGAUAAGGUGUAUUUAUAAUUGUUUUCUAUACAAACAACUGCGGAAUAAUGUCAAAAAAUAUUGAACGUGUAAUAUAAGUGUAUCAUUCACGGCUUGAAUCAUUGAAAUGGUCGUCUACAAUCUGUGGAUACCAAAAAUGCCACAUUUUAGUAUAGCUCGUUGUGUAAGGUCGUUAUAUUCAACUCUUGAAAUUACCUCAUCGUUGUACCUUGCCAAACUUACGAAAGAAGAAUUCAAGAAUAAGUUCCUAAACAGCAUUGAUACAAUUUUGUUUGACUGCGAUGGUGUAUUGUGGCUGGAGAAUGACCCACUUCCGGGUUCAGUGGAAGUAGUCAAUAGACUCCGUGAGCUUGGUAAGAGAAUAUUCUUCGUAACAAAUAACUCGACCAAAAUGCGAAACGAAUUUGCAAUUAAGGCGAAAAGAAUGAAUUUUAACAUUGAAGUGAAUGAAAUCAUAUCAACAGCAUAUCUAGCAGCAGCGUACUUAAAAAAUAUAGGAUUUAAAAAAUCUGUUUACGUAAUUGGCUCAAAAGGAAUCACACAAGAAUUGGACGCAGUUGGGAUUAAACAUUAUGGAGUUGGUCCAGAUGUUUUGCAAAACGCACUUGUCCAUGUAAUUGAGAAACUAGAACUAGAAACAGACGUGGGUGCUGUCAUUGUAGGCUAUGAUGAACAUUUCUCUUAUAUUAAAAUGCUAAAAGCUGCGUCAUAUCUGAAUAACCCCAACUGUCACUUUAUUGCUACUAAUACGGAUGAGAGGUUUCCAAUGAGUACAGAGCUUGUUAUCCCUGGAACAGGUGCAAUUGUAGCAGCAGUGGAGACAUGUGCACAAAGACAACCCAUUGUUGUGGGUAAACCUAAUCCAUAUAUUGUUGAAGAUCUAAUAAAAAAAUAUGCUAUAGUGCCAAAGAGAACUCUCAUGAUAGGAGAUCGAGUUAAUACUGAUAUUCUUUUGGGGAGUAGAUGUGGAUUUCAAACAUUAUUGGUUUUUAGUGGAGUAACAACUUCCAAAGAAGCAACAAUACUUAAAAAUUCCCACAAGAAAGAAGACAAAGAAAUGGUUGCUGAUUAUUAUUUGGACAAAUUGGGAGAUAUGUUGCCCUUAUUGCCUAGUACAAGUCAAAGAUAACAGGACAAGUUCUAUUAAAUUAUUAUAUUGAUUCAGUAUUAAUAGGAUCUUAAAAUAAAUGUGCUGUCUAUUAUUUUCUUAUAAAGUGAAAGUUCAUGUAUCAUCAGUUCCAUUUAAAUUAUUUAUUUUUAAGAGAACUAUUAGGACUAUUAUAUAAAUAACAAUAACAGUGUUAUAUGAAUUUGUUUUAUCAAGAAUAAACUGUGUGCCAUCUAUGA